AUGUCCAAGGGCUUGAAGAAGAAAAGCCACUGGACGAGCCGAGUCCACGAGAUCGUGAUCGUGAGGAACCCGGAGGGGCAGCUGGGCUUCGAGCUGAAGGGGGGCGCCGAGAACGGGCAGUUCCCCUACCUGGGGGAGGUGAAGCCCGGCAAGGUGGCCUAUGAGGGCGGCAGCAAGUUAGUGCCGGAGGAGCUGCUGCUGGAGGUGAACGAGACCCCCGUGGCCGGGCUCACCAUCAGGGAUGUGCUGGCCGUGAUCAAGCACUGCAAGGACCCCAUCCGGCUCAAGUGCGUCAAGCAAGGAGGCAUUGUUGAUAAGGACCUUCGUCACUACCUCAAUUUACGGUUCCAGAAAGGUUCGGUAGACCAUGAGCUCCAGCAGAUCAUAAGAGACAACCUCUACCUCCGCACAGUGCCAUGCACCACAAGGCCACAUAAGGAGGGGGAAGUCCCUGGUGUGGACUAUAUUUUCAUCACUGUUGAAGAUUUUAUGGAAUUGGAGAAAAGUGGUGCUCUCUUAGAAAGUGGAACAUAUGAAGACAACUAUUACGGCACUCCAAAGCCUCCAGCGGAACCAGCUCCAUUGCUGUUAAAUGUAACAGAUCAGAUCCUCCCAGGUGCCACUCCCGGGGCUGAAGGCAAACGCAAAAGGAAUAAGUCUGUGAGCAAUAUGGAGAAGACGGGUGUUGAAACACCGGAGGAAGAAGAGGAAGAAAGACCUGUGGUCAAUGGAAAUGACGUGACAGUAACACCAGAAUCAAGUGAACAUGAAGAGAAGAGUACAGGUGUCUCAGGUGAGGUAUCUUCCACCCAACCCUGUCCUGCACCAGGAUAUACUCAGCCUGAAGAAGCAAAGGAGGAUAUGGAUGUAACAAAGCAGACUAAACCUGAAGAGAAUGACGACUUGGGCCCACUGCCUGAUAACUGGGAAAUGGCUUAUACAGAAAAGGGGGAAGUCUACUUUAUUGACCAUAACACAAAGACAACAUCAUGGCUGGAUCCACGACUUGCGAAAAAGGCUAAACCUCCAGAAGAGUGCAAAGAAAAUGAGCUUCCAUAUGGCUGGGAGAAAAUUGAUGAUCCCAUUUAUGGCACUUAUUAUGUUGACCACAUAAAUAGAAGAACACAAUUUGAAAACCCUGUCCUAGAAGCAAAAAGGAAGCUACAGCAGCAUAACAUGCCCAACGCAGAACUUGGAACAAAGCCUAUGCAGGCCCAAGGUUUCCGAGAAAAACCACUCUUCACCCGUGAUGCAUCACAGCUGAAGGGGACUUUCCUCAGCACAACUCUCAAGAAAAGCAACAUGGGUUUUGGAUUUACCAUCAUUGGUGGGGACGAGCCAGAUGAGUUUCUCCAGGUGAAGAGUGUAAUUCCUGAUGGGCCUGCAGCACAAGAUGGGAAAAUGGAAACAGGUGAUGUCAUUGUCUAUAUUAAUGAAGUUUGUGUCCUUGGACAUACUCACGCAGAUGUAGUCAAACUCUUCCAGUCUGUUCCUAUUGGUCAGAGUGUCAACUUGGUGCUAUGUCGUGGAUACCCUUUGCCCUUUGAUCCUGAAGAUCCUGCCAACAGCAUGGUGCCACCCCUUGCAGUAAUGGAGAGGCCUCCGGUAGUGGUAAAUGGAAGACAUAACUAUGAAACUUAUUUGGAAUACAUUUCUAGGACUUCUCAGUCUGUUCCAGACGUAACAGAUCGACCACCACACUCCUUGCACUCCAUUCCAGCAGAUAGUCAGCUUGAUAGCACAUUCCCACCACCUGCCCAUGAUGAUAAUGUAUCAAUGGCUUCAUCUGGGGCCACCCAAGCUGAACUCAUGACCUUAACCAUUGUGAAAGGGGCCCAGGGCUUUGGCUUCACUAUAGCAGACAGUCCUACAGGACAGAGGGUGAAGCAAAUUCUAGACAUUCAGGGAUGUCCUGGUUUGUGUGAAGGUGACCUCAUUGUUGAGAUCAACCAGCAGAAUGUACAGAACCUGAGCCAUGCAGAAGUAGUGGAUAUACUUAAAGAAUGUCCUGUUGGAAGUGAAACUUCUUUGAUUAUCCAUAGAGGAGGUUUCUUUUCUCCAUGGAAAACUCCAAAGCCUAUGAUGGAACGGUGGGAGAAUCAAGGCAGCCCUCAAACAAGCCUGUCUGCUCCAGCUAUGCCACAGAAUAUUCCCUAUCCACCCACUCUUCACAGGAGUUCAUUUCCCGAUUCAACUGAGGCCUUUGAUCCACGAAAACCUGACCCAUACGAGCUGUAUGAGAAAUCAAGAGCUAUUUAUGAAAGUAGGCAACAAGUGCUGCCCAGGACUGGUUUUCGAGUGGAUUCCUCUGGUCCCGAUUACAAGGAGCUGGAUGUUCACCUUCGGAGAAUGGAGUCUGGGUUUGGCUUCAGAAUCCUGGGAGGAGAUGAGCCUGGACAGCCUAUUCUCAUCGGAGCAGUAAUUGCCAUGGGCUCAGCAGACCGAGAUGGUCGUCUCCAUCCUGGCGAUGAGCUGGUGUACGUAGAUGGGAUUCCAGUGGCCGGCAAAACCCACCGAUAUGUGAUUGAUCUUAUGCAUAACGCUGCCCGAAACGGGCAAGUGAAUCUUACUGUGAGGAGAAAGGUGCUACCCACGGGAGAACCAUGCCCAGAGAAUGGCAGAAGCCCAGGCUCGGUGUCUACGCACCACAGUUCUCCAAGAAGUGACUAUGCUACUUAUGCUAACAGUAAUCACGCUGUCUCUAGUAGCAAUGCUACACCCCCCGAGGGCUUCACUUCUCACAGCCUGCAAACCAGUGACGUUGUGAUCCACCGCAAGGAGAACGAAGGCUUUGGCUUUGUUAUCAUCAGUUCCCUGAACAGGCCCGAAUCUGGGUCCACAAUAACUGUACCCCACAAAAUAGGGCGGAUAAUUGAUGGAAGCCCUGCGGAUCGCUGUGCAAAACUUAAAGUUGGAGACCGGAUCUUAGCUGUGAAUGGCCAGUCUAUUAUUAACAUGCCUCAUGCAGAUAUUGUGAAGCUAAUUAAAGAUGCAGGUCUCAGUGUAACUCUUCGCAUCAUUCCUCAGGAGGAGCUGAACAGCCCAGCCUCGGCCCCCAGCUCGGAGAAGCAGAGCCCCAUGGCCCAGCAGCACAGCCCCAUGGCCCAGCAGAGUCCCCUGGCGCAGCAGAGCCCCGUCGCCCAGCACAGCCCCGUCGCCCAGCCAGCGCCUCCGCAGCCCCUCCAGCUGCAGGGACACGAAAACAGUUACAGGUCAGAAGUAAAAGCCAGACAAGAUGUGAAACCUGAUAUCCGGCAACCUCCAUUUACAGACUACAGGCAGUCCUCAACGGACUACCGACAGCCUCCGCUGGACUACAGGCAUCCUCCGGUGAUGGAUUACCAGCAGCCACCACCUCUCGACUACAGGCAGCCGCCCUUGAUAGAUUACAGGCAGCAUUCGCCCGACACCAGGCAGUACCCUCUGUCAGAGUACAGGCAGCCCCAGGACUUUGAUUAUUUCACCGUUGAUUUGGAGAAAGGAGCCAAAGGGUUUGGGUUUAGUAUUCGAGGAGGAAGGGAGUACAAAAUGGAUUUGUAUGUGCUGAGAUUAGCAGAAGAUGGACCAGCAAUAAGGAAUGGAAGGAUGAGGGUAGGAGAUCAAAUAAUUGAAAUCAAUGGAGAAAGCACAAGGGACAUGACACAUGCCAGAGCAAUAGAGCUAAUCAAGUCUGGUGGCAGGAGAGUGCGACUGUUGUUGAAACGUGGAACAGGCCAGGUCCCAGAAUAUGACGAACCAAACUCCUGGAGUGCUCCCUCUGCCACCUCCCCAGGUCUGCCGGAAGUAGCUCUUUCCCUCGACGACAUAAUCUCACCAUUAUCUUCAUCACACAUAGCCCCACCCUCUGACCCUUCUCACCAGAUAAGCCCAGAGCCAACAUGGGAAAUCAAGAGGGAGCACGAUGUACGGAAACCAAAGGAGCUUUCGGUGAACGGUCACAAAAAGAAAAGGUUAGGAGAACAAAGAGAAAGGUCAGCAAGUCCUAAAAAGGUAGACAGGUCAAAGCAUGAAGAGGCUUCUUGGAAAGGAUAUUCGGAAGGCAAAAGUAAGACCACUGAUGGUGGCAGGCCCACCUCAGAAAGCAAAGCGGUGGGACACAGCAUUAUGAUCGAGGCUGGCGCGAGAGAGCACGUGUGUGCUGCAACCAGCGACGAACAGUUUGGGAGGCUGAGGAAGCCGGAAAGCAAGAGAGGAGGAUCUCUUAGCAAACAAGAAGAUCACAAAUCCACAAAUACCAGUGAGAAGAAGUCAGCUGCAGCAUCCGACCAUGUCAAGCUUGAUACAGCUGCUACCAAGACAUACAGUAGCAACCGCUGCAGCUCGCCUGGAAUUGAUAUGGACCACAGCCAGAGGGACCCUGACGGGAAACCCAGCGAGUUCCCCAGGAAGGGACAUCUCCACUCCAUUAGCACUCGCAGCACCAACACCACAGUUCGAAAGGCAACGGUCUCCCCAGGGCCGUGGAAAAUCCCUGGCUCAGAUAAGCUACCUAGCGUCCUGAAGUCUGGUACUUCUGCCAUGAGCAGAUAAGCAAGGGACUGUUGCCCUCUAACUGUCUCAAGCUGACGCAGAACAUUCUUCUUAG